AUCAAAAAGCUAAUUAAAAAAUUUAUUGCCAAGCAAGAGACUAUAAAUUUGGUAGUGGUGCCAAGUAAUGUGGAUAUCGCAACAACAGAGGCACUUAAAAUGGCUCAAGAGGUAGACCCUGAUGGAGAGAGAACGUUAGGGAUCCUAACAAAACCAGAUUUGGUGGACAGAGGAACUGAGUCAUCGGUUGUUGAUAUCGUACAAAACCUUGUCAUCCAGCUAAGGAAGGGUUAUAUGAUUGUUAAAUGUCGUGGGCAGCAAGAUAUUCAUGACAAGCUCACCCUGGCCUCUGCAAUCCAGAAGGAGAGAGCAUUCUUUGAGCAGCAUGAACACUUUAGAGUUCUUCUGGAUGAAAACAAGGCUACUAUCCCCAUUUUGGCAGAGAAACUUACAACUGAGCUUGUGGAACACAUUAAUAAAUCUUUGCCCGCUUUAGAAGAGCAAAUAAACAUUCAACUCCAAAAAGCAACUGGAGAGUUACUCAAAUAUGGCAAAGGCACACCAAAAGCAGAAGACGAGAAGUUGUUUUUCCUAAUAGAUAAAAUCAAACUGUUUAAUCAAGACAUCGUGAGUUCAGUGGUGGGAGAAGAAAAGUUGUUUGAAAAUGAAAUUAGACUGUUUACAAAAAUCCGCACAGAGUUUCAAAAAUGGGGGAAGAUACUCGAUGACAGUGCAUUGACUGAUAGAAAAACUAUACAACAUGAAGUGUGGAGAUUUGAAGAACAGUAUCGUGGAAGAGAGCUCCCAGGGUUUACCAGUUACAAGACAUUUGAGGCCAUUGUAAGACAGAGAAUCAUGGCACUAGAAAAACCAGCUAUUGAGAUGCUGAAGAAAGUAAUUGAAAUUGUCCGAAAAUCUUUCACAGAGGUUUCCAAAGAUCAUUUUGACGAUUUUCAAAAUCUUAACAGAGCUGCUAAGGACAGAAUUGAAGACAUUAGCAAGAAACAAUCAGAGGAAGCUGAAACAAUUAUCAGAAUCCAUUUUAAAAUGGAGCAGCUUGUAUACUGCCAGGACAAUGUUUACAGACAAGACUUAAAAGUUAUCAGGAAAGAAACACCAAAGGAAGCAGCCAACAGUCUGAACCCGGUCUCCUUGAGUUUCAAUUUUGGACCUGUCCAGAACCACCCUGCCGUUAAGGAUAUGACUUAUCACCUGGAGGCAUACUUCAGU